AUGACCAAGGAAAGAAGGAACUGUGGUAGUGCCCAAAAGGGCCAUGGCCACAUACAACCUAUUCGCUGUACCAACUGUGCCCAAUGUGUGCCCAAGGAUAAGGCCAUUAAGAAGUUUGUCAUUUGGAACAUCAUAGAUGCCACAGCCAUCAGGGACAUUUCUAAAGCAAGUGUUUUUGACACCUAUGUGCUUCCCAAGCUGUAUGUGAAACUACAUUAUUGCAUGAGUUGUGCCAUUCAGAGCAAAGCAGUUGGGAAUUCAGGAAGCCCAAAAGGACCCAACACCUCCAUUCUGA